UAUAAAUGGGAUGUACUCACGAACAUAGUCUCAAGUGGCAUUAAAGGAAAUGUGUGUAAAGACAGGAAAGUUGUUCAUUGUUUGCACUAAGAUGAUAUAGUAAAUUUAUGAAGCCCAGUGUAAAAUGGGACCAGCUGAAGCUGAUAUUAGAAGUGCAGCUUCUGAGAAGUGGAAAGUUUUGAAGCUAUUAGUCUUUGCUGUUCUUAUCUGUGAAGUGUCAGCAUGGACUUACCAUUAUGGCAAUUCGCUAAUGACAUGGGAAAAAGCUCGUGAAUGGUGUGAAAUUAAUUAUACUAACAUGGUUUUCAUUCGAAACAAAAUUGAAAAUAAACAUCUAAAUGAAACAAUGCCUGGAGGUAGACCCUAUUACUGGAUUGGAAUUAAAAAAGUUAAUCACACUUGGAUUUGGGUAGAAAGCCAGAAACCUGUACCAGAAGAUGUAAAAAACUGGGCACCAGAGGAGCCAACCAAGAGGAAAAUUGAAUUAUGUGUAGAACUGUAUAUAAAUAGACCUAAGGAUAGUGGAAUGUGGAACAACGAACAAUGUGAUAAACCAAAAAUGCCACUAUGUUACCAAGUUAGUUGCAGAAAUUCCACUUGUCAUCAUGGAGAAUGCAUAGAGGCAAUUGGAAAUUACACCUGUGAGUGCUGGCCAGGCUUCCAUGGAAACAACUGUGAACAUGCUAUAUCAUGUGUGGACCUACAAAAACCGGCCAAUGGAAAAAUCAGCUGUACCGAUAAGUAUGGAGAAUUCCAGUUUAAGUCAUUAUGCAACUUCUCCUGUGAUGAAGGAUAUAAAUUAAAUGGAACAAGUACUGUAUUUUGCCAGAAAACAGGAGAAUGGUCUGAACCCACACCCACAUGUUUAGUUGUAUCAUGUAUAGACCUACAAAUUCCAGCAAAUGGCAAUAUCAGCUGUACUAAUGAGUAUGGAGAAUCCCAAUAUAAAUCACUUUGCAACUUCUCUUGUGAUGAAGGGUAUAAACUAAAUGGAACAAGAUCUGUAUUUUGCCAGAAAACAGGAGAAUGGUCUGACUCCACACCUACAUGUUUAGCUGUAUCAUGUAAAGAUCUACAAAUUCCAGCAAAUGUAAAGAUCAACUGUCCUGAAGAUUAUGGAAAAUCUCAAUAUAAAUCAUUUUGCAACUUCUCUUGUGAUGAAGGAUAUGAACUAAAUGGAACAAGAUCUGUAUAUUGCCAGAAAGAAGGAGAAUGGUCUGAAUCCACACCUAGAUGUUCAGUUGUAUCAUGUAUAGACCUACAAAUUCCAGCAAAUGGCAAUAUCAGCUGUACUGAUGAGUAUGGAAAAUCCCAAUAUAAAUCAUUAUGCAACUUCUCUUGUGAUGAAGGAUAUGAAUUAAAUGGAACACGAUCUGUAUUUUGCCAGAAAACAGGAGAAUGGUCUGACUCCACACCUACAUGUUUAGCUUGGAAUGGUUCCUUUGGAAAACAAAAACAAGUUGCCAUAAUAAGCUCCGUUUCAGGAACCGUUGGGCUAUUUUUGUCUGGUAUACCAUUUGUAUAUUUAUUAAGUUACCUUCGUAAAAAAAAAAAAGAAAAUUCCCAUAUCCUGAAAACAAACAAAGAACCUGCAAAUACUUUUGAAAAUCCUGCAUUUGAAGACACAGAAAUGAACUCAUUGGACCUUUAAUUUCUGGAUUGGACUAUGCCUCGGACAAAAGCAGGAUACUACAAAGUUCUAAAUAAUCCUACAACGUGAAGAAAAGUUAAACAGUUUUGAGAUUACAAUCUAGGAUUACCAUUUAUUUAUUUAUCGGUGAAUAGAGAUUUUUUAAGUGCAACCUAAAAGUGCACAAAACCACCGUGAGAAGACAUGGGGGGGGGGUAUUUACUAAAACUGGUGGACUCAGAAUCCGGUGCAGCUGAGCAUUGUAACCAAUCAGCUUCUAACUUCAGCUUAUCCAAUUAGGAUUUGCAAGUAAAACCUGGAAGCUGAUUGGAUGCUAUGCAGAGCUGCACCAGAUUGUUCACUCUGCGGCUUUAGUAAAUAACCCCCAUAGUGUUUUGUUCAGAUAGACUGCAUUGCUGCUGAAAUACAUGAAAAACAAAGUAGGACUUCCAACAUAUAUUGGUAAAAAUAUAAAUAUCACACCAUUUCCAACAAACUUUGUGGUUUUUUUUUAAAUAAAGUUGUUCACAAAAGGUCUCAUUAUUUGUCAGUUGAAUAAAAUACAACAUUGUUACAGUA